CAGGGGGAGGCUGAGCCGACCGACUCACUCACGGGAGAGGGAGAGGGAGAGGCAGCGAGAAGACAAAGCCGGCGAAGCCCCCACUGCUGUCUCUCCAGCCCCGAGCAGGCACCGCAGCCCCGCCGUCCUCCCUCCAUCUUCGGAACACGCUAGUGAUUCAUUGAUAACAGGAAGUUAUGAGGGACCCUGUGAGUAGCCAGUACAGCUCCUUUCUUUUCUGGAGGAUGCCCAUUCCAGAGCUGGAUCUGUCGGAGCUGGAAAGCCUGGGCCUGUCAGAUACGUCCACCGACAAGGUCGAGGACAGCAACGUUGGCAAAAUGACCGGGCAAGCAACCGGAACAGAGCAGGAGAACAACCCUGAAGGGGAUGCCCUCCUCGAGUACAGCACCUUCAACUUCUGGAGAGCCCCCAUUGCCAGCAUCCAUGCCUUUGAAUUGGACUUGAUUUAAGCCCGAGACUUCUCUCCCCCCACCUGGCCCUACUUGUCUUCCCUGUCUUCCUUUCCACCCUUUUCCCCUGUUAAUCUUGCUCUUUCCCCUCCCUCGUGUUGAGGUGCUGAUGAAUCUGCCAGAGUUGUGUUGUAUUUAUUUAUUUAUUUAUUUAUUUAUUUAUUUAUCUUCCUUAUCAGUUUCUCUUGAAAGCCCUCAAGCCCCAAAGGGUUCAAACAAUGGAGUACUGGGUCACAGAGAUUCCUCCGCCCCUCCCUCCACAUUAUUUCCGGAAAAACGGGCCUGAUGGGGGCACCAGCGAGUAACUGGUGUUACUGUCCCACUCCAGGACAGUAAACACAAAUAUUUCUUAAAGGUUUCAUGAAUAGCUUGUAAGUUUUAAUUUGAGAUUACCUGCUAUGAGACAGUAGGAUUUUAUUUUAUUUAUUUAUUUAUUUAUUUAUUUGAGACAGUAGGAUUUCUAAAAGGCUGAGGUGCUGACUCUUGCUUUUUUGUUUCUGCUCCUUCAGUAAUACACUCUUUCGCAGAGAAACUGGGGGUAGUGAAUGUAUAAAGCGAGGGUGUUCAUAUCAUGGAAAAUGAAAAUAGGAUAAAGUGGCAAAGCAUGUGAGAUACAGCUAUGCUCUCUCAAAAGGGUGUUUCUUCUUCAACCCUACUCACUUUACAACUUUGCCCCUAAAUGUGGGUUGAAAACUUCUAGCUGAGGAAAAUCCCUAUUUCAAAUCUUAACAUGCUCUUACUAUUACGAUAAUUUGUAAGAUUUUGAUUCAGUCUCUAAAAGGCAUAGGGUUUGGGCCUUAGAAUUUUAGACUUGUUCUCCUGCAGUUGUGAUGUGUGGUAUUGAUCGAUGGGCCUCGUGCACAGUUCUUCAGCUACCUAGACCAUGAAAUGAACAAUCACAUUCUGACCCUACACCCUAUCCCCGCUCUUUCCAAAAUUCUCACUGCGGAUUUGUGCUGCCAUUUACUCAUUUCUUUAAUAAAGAUAUUCAAUCCCAGGA